UUUUGACAGAUGGGAUUAUUCUACAAUAACAAAUCGCCUGUUGUUUUUGUAUUGUUGUAUUUGUUGUAGCGACGAGGCUACCUUAUUAAGUGUACACUGGCUAAGCCGCCGCCGAAUUAUUUUAGUUAAGUCGUUCCGACAAAUUAAAGUCGACUUCGCCCUCUUCUCAUAGCUUUUGAUGUAAUUCAAUAUUGGAAGCGGGAAAUUUAAUUUAUAUCUUUAUAUUUUGUAAAAGGGUGAAAAGAUAUUUGUUGCAUCAAAUUUAUUUUGCAAAUGUGUAAAAAUGAUGAGCAAAACGCAGAGUAAUAAUGAAAAUGGUAUACAAAAUAUGAGACAACUAACUAAUAAAAAUGGCGAUUCAUGUAGGAAGCAUCAGAUAAAGAAGCAAGUUUUCGGUGAAAUAAAGAAUGUUAUUCAUAAUCAUGGUAAUGCUACACCUUUAAAGCAAGAUUCUAAGUAUUUGGCCAAUAACAAUAUUCUAAGUAAAGAGUUCAUCAAAAAUGAAUCUAAAAGCGCAACUAAUUACAAAAAUCAGAAGACAAACGCUUUAUGGAACAACGUACUUGACGAAAAUUUACUUGAUUAUUUUGAUUUUAGAGGACAAUGCUGUUCAAAACCGUAUAAAAGCGAUCAACAAAUUUGGUCCGAAAUGAAUUUAUAUGAUGAUUCUUUUUUGGAUAAAAUAAUUGAUGACGAUCAACGGCUGCCCCAAGAAGAUGAUCUCAUUUCUGAAGUUUCUUAUAAGAGUGUUAAAGACAGUGAUCGAGAGUUUUUUGAUAAAUUAAAUAAUGAAUUUAAUAACAACUAUUGGCCCGAUAAAAAUGAGUUUGAAGGACAAUGUGAUAUACAUUUGUAUUUAGAAAAACCACAUCUUGUUGAUGAUUUUACAUUUUAAAUUAGUAAAUAGUUUGCAUUUAUAUUCAUAUACAUAUGUAAUUUAGUUUUUAAAUUAUUAAAAACCAAAAUAGUAAACCAUACAAAAUGUACACUUAUUAAAUUAAUAUCUUUCUUUCUCUUUCUUUUUUUUUAAUUUCAAAAGUUAAAAAGAUCAAAAAUAUUUAAAAAUGUUAUAUUUGAAGGAAAUUGCAUAUAUUUGUGAAAGUAUUUCAAAUUCAGAUCAUUAAAUAAAUACCGUACGAUUUAUAUUAAAAUAAGAAAUAAUAAGAAA